AUGGCAGCGCAACUCGACGCCAAGGACGCCAAGCCGCCAUACGCCUUCAAGCGCGUCGACGCGUACGACGGCGGCAUCGGUGCCUUCGCGACGCGGGACUUGAAGCGCGGCGAGGUCAUCCUGCACGAGCCGCCACUCGUCACGGCCACGAUGGCGACGUUAGAACAACGAGUCGCUGCACUAGAUGAAAAAACGCGCAAGCGCCUCUUCUCGCUCUGCGACUGGCGCGCCGAGCGCGCCAAAACCCAAAAAACGGCGCUCGGCGUCUUCCAGGCGAACGGCUACCCCUGCCCGACGGCUAGAGAACCCGACGCGGCCGGCGUCUUCCUCAAAUUUAGUAGAUUCAACCACUCGUGCAAGCCGAACGCGCACCACGCCUGGCGCAAGGGCGAGCGCUGGAUCUUCGCGACGCACGAUGUCAAGGAGGGGUCGGAGCUCACGACGCAUUAUGUUGAUCUAUUUAUGACGUCCGAGGACCGCAAGAAGGCGCUCAAGGAGCGCUUCGGCUUCGACUGCGUGUGCCGGGGCUGCGAGCCGACGCCGAAACUAAGAGUCGCCUUCUCGGACGCGCGGCGGGCUCACAUGCGCCAAUUGGACGAGCAGAUCUACGACAAAGCAUCUAGGGGGAAGCACGAGGCCGCCAUCCGCGACGUCACGGAGCGGUUGAUCAUGCUCGAGGAGGAGGAGCUCGACUCGCCGGCGGCCGUCGCGCGCGCGUGCGACGACGCCGCGCAGGCCGCGGCCCACGCGAACGAUAAAAAAACGGAGAAGGAAUGGCUCGAGCGCGCGCGCGCCGAGUCGAAGCUCUGCGAGCCGCCCGAGUCGUCCGAGCUCGAGGAGCUCGAGCGGCGGCUGGCGAAGCUAGGUGUGUAGUUUGUAUUUCAAG